GAGGCUGACUCCGCCCUCCCCCGGCUUCUCUAUAAAAGCUUCGGGCGCUUCCGGCUCGGUCUUUCGUCUGUUCCGGAUCGGGGACUACAGUCGCUCGAAAUGGCCAAGGAGAAAACCCACAUCAACAUCGUGGUCAUCGGACACGUGGACUCCGGAAAGUCCACCACCACCGGGCACUUGAUCUACAAGUGCGGCGGCAUCGAGAAGCGAGCCAUCGAGAAGUUCGAGAAGGAGGCGGCUGAGAUGGGCAAGGGCUCCUUCAAGUACGCGUGGGUGCUGGACAAGCUGAAGGCCGAGCGGGAGCGCGGCAUCACCAUCGACAUCGCUCUGUGGAAGUUCGAGACCGGCAAGUUCUGCGUGACCAUCAUCGAUGCCCCCGGGCACAGGGACUUCAUCAAGAACAUGAUCACGGGCACAUCGCAGGCCGACUGCGCCGUGCUGAUCGUUACGGCCGGCGUGGGCGAGUUCGAGGCCGGCAUCUCCAAGAACGGGCAGACCCGCGAGCACGCCCUGCUGGCCUACACGCUCGGCGUGCAGCAGCUCAUCGUCGCCGUCAACAAGAUGGACUCCACCGAGCCCCCGUACUCCGAGGGCCGCUUCGAGGAAAUCACCAAGGAGGUCAGCACCUACAUCAAGAAGAUCGGCUACAACCCCAAAGCCGUCCCCUUCAUCCCCAUCUCCGGGUGGCACGGAGACAACAUGGUGGAGGCCAGUUCCAAGAUGACCUGGUUCAAGGGCUGGCAAAUCGACCGCAAGCAGGGCAAAGCCAGCGGUGGCACCCUCUACGAGGCCCUGGAUGCCAUCUUGCCUCCUGAACGGCCCACUCGGAAGCCCCUCCGUCUCCCCCUGCAGGACGUCUACAAAAUUGGAGGUAUCGGCACCGUCCCCGUCGGCCGCGUGGAAACCGGCGUCCUGAAGCCCGGCAUGGUCGUCACCUUCGCCCCCGCCAACCUGACCACCGAGGUCAAGUCCGUGGAGAUGCACCACGAGUCGCUGCCCGAGGCCACCCCCGGCGACAACGUGGGCUUCAACGUCAAGAACGUGUCCGUCAAGGAGGUCCGCCGCGGUUACGUCGCCGGCGACAGCAAGAACGACCCGCCCAUGGGUGCCGAUAACUUCAAAGCUCAGGUCAUCAUCCUGAACCACCCGGGCCAGAUCAACGAGGGCUACGCCCCCGUGCUGGACUGCCACACGGCCCACAUCGCCUGCAAGUUCACCGAGCUCCUCGAGAAGAUCGACCGUCGUUCCGGCAAGAUAAUCGAGAACAACCCCAAGUUCCUCAAGUCCGGAGACGCCGCCAUCGUCAAGAUGAUCCCCCAGAAGCCCUUGGUGGUGGAGGCCUUCUCUCAAUACGCUCCCCUUGGCCGCUUCGCCGUGCGGGACAUGAGACAGACGGUGGCCGUUGGCGUCAUCAAGGAGGUGGAGAAGAGCGCCCCCACCGGCGGGAAGGUCACCAAGGCCGCUCAGAAGGCGCAGAAGAAAUGAACCGUCGCCGACGUCGGGCCGCGCCAUCAGCUCGCUCGAACCCACUGGAAAAGGAAGAACACAUGCAAUCCUACUUUUACUUUGAAGCCAAAACAAUAAACAUCGCACGUGUGACCGAA